AUGAUAAAUAUCUUUUUUCUUUCUUUUUUUCAACUUUCAGAACAAAUUUCUUCCAAUUUCUUUCUUUUUUCUUUCCUUUUUAUUUCCUUACCGUUCAAUUGUUCUUUUCUUUUUUUUUUUCUAAAUUUUGUUUUUUCUUUUCUGUUUCUUUUAUUUUUUCCUUCUUUGGUGAAUUUCUUCCAUUUCCUCUAUACAUUCUUUUUAUCUUUCUUUUUUUUCAUUUCUUUAGAAAAGAUAUAUUUUUUCCUUAAUUAUUAUUCUUUUUUCUUUUUUUUUCCUUCCUUCUUUCCGUUUAAGAAAUACUUUUUUUACUUUAAUUUUAUUUUUUCUUUCUUUCCUUCCUUCCUUCCUUUUUCAAUUUUUUUUCCUUCUACAAUCAAUGUUCUUAUUCUUUCUUUUCUUUUUCUUAAUUUUUUUCUUCCUUCCUUUUCCAUUCCUAAUUUUUUUUCUACUCUUUUUUUCUUCCUUCUAAAUUUCAUCAUUUCUUUUCUUUUUUUUCUUUCUUUCCUUCCUUCCUUCCUUCUUUUUCUUCCUUCUUUUUUCUUCCAUUUUUUACUAACAAAUGGUUUUCAUUCAUUUUUAUGUUUCCUUCCUUCCUUUUCUUUAAAAAUUCUUUCUUCGCUUUUUUUUUUUUUCUUCACUUCAAAAUUGUUUAUUGUCUUUCUUUUCUUCCUAUUUUCUUUGCUUUUUUUUUACAAUUUUUUUUUCUUUUCUCCUUCAUCCUCCUUCAUCUUUUCAAAUUUCCUUUUUUUUCUUUUUCUUUUUUUUAUUUUUUAUCUCUUUCUUCGCUAA